AGAGAGAUAGAGAUGACCAAGGAAAACAAAUAAAGAAGGGAGCGGAAAGAAAAAUGGUUGCCAUUUAUUACAAUUACAUAACCCAAACACGAAAGUUAAGAGGAAAGAAAAAAGUCAAGUGGUUUGGUGUGGAAUCAGAAUCAAACGUGUAAAGAAAAAGCAUGAAAAAGACGGAAAAAGAAGAGAGGGUUUGAUCAUCUGUUUGGUUUUGGAGGAAAAAAAAAGAGAAAGAAGGUUAUAGAUAUAUAGUUAUAUACAAUAUACAAACUUUUGGGCUCUUUUUUUUAUUUUGUUUACUUCUGUUUGGAAGGAAGGAAAGUGGGGGGAAAACCAAGAUGGUGGUGUACAUGAAGAGAGAUGUGGUUGAAGAUGUGGCAAUAAUUGGAGGAUUGGUAGGGGUGCAAUUUGUUUAUGCAGGGAACUCAGUUUUACUUGGUUAUCUCAUGUCCCUUGGCCUUAGCCCUUUCACCAUUGUUAUUUUCUCCACCCUUGCCACCUUCAUUAUUCUUUCUCCUUUUGCUUUUUAUUUUGAAAGGAGCAAAUGGCCCAAGCAAUUAACCUUGAAGUUGAUAAUUCAGCUGGUUUUGAUCUCCUUUGGAGGGGUAACUCUAUUCCAAUACCUAUUUCUCAAAGGGAUUAAUCUGACUUCACCAGCAGUGGCAACAGCCAUGCCGAACCUUGCUCCAGGGCUUAUCUUUAUAAUUGCUUGGGCUUGCGGGUUAGAAAAAGUUGCUCUAAGUUGCUUAUACAGUAAAGUAAAGAUUGGAGGCACAUUGUUGUGUGUGUUAGGUGCCCUUACAAUGAGCGUAAUGCAGAGCACUGUCCAACCAAAAGAUGCAAGAAUGAUCGCUCCUCCAGCUGGUGAUGUCAUUUUCGACAAAGAUAAGAUCAUCGGUUGUUUGUACCUCAUGGCAGCAGUUGUAGCUCUUUCAAGCAAUGUAGUCUUGCAGGCAACAACUUUAGGUGACUUUCCUGCUCCCAUGUCCUUGUGUGCGAUAACAUCCUUGAUUGGAGUGAUUAUAACUGCAAUGGUUCAAUUGGUAGGAGAUCAUGAUUUGCAUUGGGGUUGGCCCCUGGUUAGCGUUAGGGACCUGAUUGGCUUUUCUUUACUGGGAGGUGCUGUGAGCGGUGCAUGUGUAAGCUUCAAUGGAUGGGCGAUGAAGAAGAGAGGACCAGUUCUUGUCUCACUGUUUAGCCCCAUUGGAACAGUCAUCACAGUCGCUCUCUCUUUUGUUACUUUAGGGGAGACCCUUUCAUUAGGAAGCCUUGCUGGGAUGUUCAUCAUGUUCACCGGUCUCUACUUCGUCUUAUGGGCUAAAGGAAAAGAAGUUUACUCUGGUGGGGAUGGCUUGGAAAGUGAGUUCGACGCAGAGAAGCCUCUAUUAAGUUAACAUGCUAUCUACUUAGUUCCCACAUCAAUCUUUACUAUGGCCUAUACUAGAUAGUAAAGCAAAGCUUAACAAAAAUGAAAUUCAGGCAGAAGAUUUAGUUUCCAAGUUUAAUGUGAACUAGAUUGAUGCAGACCAGAUAAAAACAUCUGAUGUGAAAACCAUAUGAAGUGUGAUUGAAGCUUUGAAUGCUAAGAAUGUAAAUAUUACUAUAUUUUCAACUGUUUUUUGCAGAAACUUGAUAUACCAGCAGCCUGUACAGUAUUCUGAUGUUAUGUAGAGAUGAUAGAGGUAGCUUGGGGAAGAGAAACUGAGGGAGGAGGAGUUGGACAAACGUUAAUAGUUUUGGAAAUUUCCUUCAACAAAAGAAUUUUAUCUCUGAUUAAUCUUAUCAGAUUUCAUUUCAUUAUUACACCAAAUCCGCACCUCAGAUGGAUGGACAUGGAUUCGCCCAAAAGGCCCAAUUAUUGGGUAAGCCCAAAACAAAGUGAGCCCGUUUCUUUUGGCCGAAGUAAUUCUAAAUA